AUGGAUAACGAUAUUCUAAAAGAUGUUAAACAAAGUGAUUACGAAUGUAAAUGGAAGACGAUUAUAGAGUAUUUCAAUAUUCAAAAGCCUGAUCUCGAUCCUCGAUACAACUUUGACUACAGAAAACCAGGCGUAUCGAAACAAGAGAGUCGUGGUAGUGAACCGUACUAUUUACCAAUCGGCUGGUAUCGUCAUGGACUUAAGGUAGAUAAUAAAUAUGCAGGUGAUAUUGUUUGGCUUGGUCGUGCCAAUGCUGAAGGUGAAUGGCCGGUUGCUUUUCACGGUACAAAUAAAAACGCAGUUCUGGGAAUUACGCAAGAAGGCCUACUAGCUAGCAAAUCUGCACGAGAUAUAAUGAAAGAUGAAGCCAUCAAACAAAUGGGUGAAGAGGCAGAUCGUCCAGGAAUCUACCUAGCAACGCAUUGCAAUGAUGGAGUCGAUAGAUAUGCUAAUUCAUUUACAUUUCCAAUACGAACUGAAGAGAGCGCAACAUUUCAGGUCGUUUUUCAGUGUCGUGUGCAACCCCGCAAGUUCACAAGACAUACAGGUGUGGUCACUACCGGUGAAGCUUGGCGUUUUGUUGAUGAAAGCGCGAUUCGGCCUUAUGGCAUUUUACUGAAGGAAAUUACCUAA